AUGAAUCAGGUGUUAGAAUCUAUCAGGCUCCAGGACCCGAAUAUCCUACCACUAGCAACUAUCUAUAAAGCAACUGAGAACUCGCACCCCUCUUCACCUGCCAUGAUGACAGCGUGGCGAACUAUCACCAAGGUUGAAGCACCUGCCAUGCUUGCGAUCGACACUGUGCAGAAUUCAGUAUACUUUAUCUCAGCCAUCAGUGAAGGAAAUAGAUCCAGAUCAAUUCUCCGCGGUCGAAUCCAGGUGGUUGAUUGGCUUGUUGCCGAACUGGAGCUAUUUAUCAACCGCUCCCGUGGUGACGAUGGCUUCGCUUUCUCAGUUGAGGAGCUUGAUGCCAACUACAAGACACUUAUGUCACCGCCGGCCGGACGAAAACAAGCAAGUCGAGCAACAUUGGAGGCUCUGGGGAAGGCACUUUGGAACCCAUCUGCCAAUUUCACGGCUACUGUGAGUAAUAACUGCCAGUUCACCGAGGUAGGAUGGAAGGUUGUCGAUACUGGGACCUACGGGAACGGCUCCACCGAUCCGCUCGGGUGUAGUUGGGAUUCGACAAGGCCGUAUGAUCCCGAUGCAAGAGCAAAUCUCGUUGUCGACGAGGAAUUAGGAUUCGUCGUCUCUAGCGGCAUGGUCCAGGGUAAAGUCUAUCCGUACUACGGUAAUAUUUCUACUUUUAUCCCGGAUUCCAUGCACACGCAGCAGAACGCCCAGGAGGUCUGGAUUGACACAGUAAAGGGACAUGGGAACGUAUCGCUGCUGUCCCCUGCUGAGGCUACCGGUGAAAAUAUGGAGGUUGUCCAGUAUUACAACGAUGAGCUUCAAGCCCUUCAGCUAAAUGUCUUUCUUGCCGGUCCCAAUAUGACAUCUGCUUGGUUAUGA